AUGUCUGUCGAACAAUGUCUCAUUACGCGGGGCGCACAGGAUGACAUUCGCGCCCGAACAAGCAGCCUUGGGCAGGCUGUAUUCCAAGUGCCACUUUAUUCAAAUCAGGAAAAGUUAUAUCAUGCGCGGCGUCCCCAUAAAAAGUCGCGAGGGGGCUGCAUAACCUCGCAGUGCGACGAGGGUAAACCAACCUGCAUUAAAUGCCAGAAAUACGGCGCACCGUGCAGCUAUUCUACUAGGUCAUCUGGAAAGGGAUCUAUAACUGAUGUAGCAUCAAGCACGCAAAAGCCAGACGACAUUACAUUUUCUUUUUCUCUGAGUGACCUAGCGACACGGAUUGAGCAGGUCUUAAACCUGGAUACAGGCACCAAUACUUCUCUGGUAGAGCGAAAUGCUGUUUAUCCUGUCAGCAUGGUUGCCUUCCAACAUUUCAUUAAGUGCUCCACCGAAACAGUUGCCAACCCUGGUCUCCGAGCCGUCAUGAGGAGCGACAUGAUUCGGGUUUCGUUUACGAGUCCGUAUUUGAUGUAUACAAUAAUUGCAGUUGGCGUCCUUCACCUCAAUCGCGUUUCCCCCGGAAAUAAAACGCGGCAGUUUGCAGAGACAUAUUUCUGGCAGCGCGCAAUUAAGCUAUACCAAGCGGCACUUACCUCCAACGUUACUCCGCAGAAUGUUGAUUCCCUCCUCUCAACGUGCAUGUUUAUGGGGCUCACCAGUCUUUGUCCUGAGAAUAUCAAGCCAACAGACUCGUGGGUGUUAUCCGAUAAAUCGGAUGCAAUGAACUGGCUUUGUUUACAGAGUGGCCUCCGAUGUAUCAUAACCCUCGCUAAACCGUACCUUGAUUCCAGUAUCUGGGCCUCGACAUUCCAACAUGCCCACGAGGACGAAGUGCAAUUCUUGGAGCACGUAGUUAAACAGGGACGGGAGGGUCUCGACCCCGAUCUUGCUGACCUCUGUGGGAUUGACGAAUCUACCACGGCCAAGACAAAUCCAUACUACGAGCCUCUCGCAUCGUUGACAGCCUUGUUCCAAUUAGAAAAGAAUUUUAAAAACUCGGCAAAAUGCGCAGAAUUCAUGGGAAAGUUGUCGAACGAUUUUCUUGCGCUUCUGAGACGGAGAGAUCCGCCUGCCCUUUUGAUUCUGGCACAGUGGAUGGGUCUUAUGUGUACCUUAUCCCAAUGGCAGCCGUGGAUUUUUGGUCGACUUGUCACUGAGUGCAUCGCUAUUUGUAUGUAUCUAGAGCAUGAUCCGGAUCCCCGGAUAUCGCGUCUUCUAGAGUUUCCAGCUACCGCGUGCGGAUAUUCCUCUCGAGAUGUUUCAUAUAGUAUUUGA